AUGUCCACCUCGGGUGGAAGCCACUGGGAAUGGGAGCCGGUGGUCCGCAGCGACCUCUUGGCUCGGGGCUUCCAUUCCUGCAGCGUGGUGCAAGGAAAACUCCUGAUCUUUGGGGGGCUGAAGACACAGGACACUCAGCAGCCCCCCCUGGGAGACGUGGUGGCCUUUGACCCAGCCGUCCAGACGGUCCGCACGCUUGCUCCGGAACACGGCUACCGUCGCAGUCACCACGAGGCGGUGGUCCUGGGCGACCACUUGCUGUGUGUGGUGGGUGGGUGGGAUGGAUCCCGCAGGGUCUCCGAUGUCUGCAGUUUCGAUGCGGAGCAGAAGCAGUGGGAAGGCUGGGCAGCCAGGACAUCCGAGACCCCCGUGGGGCUGAGCAGCCAUACUUGCACCAAGCUGACGGAAAAUGAAUUGCUGGUGCCUUCAUCUGUCCUGUCUCAACUCUUGAAGAAAACCAGUAUGUCCACCUCGGGUGGAAGCCACUGGGAAUGGGAGCCGGUGGUCCGCAGCGACCUCUUGGCUCGGGGCUUCCAUUCCUGCAACGUGGUGCAAGGAAAACUCCUGAUCUUUGGGGGGCUGAAGACCCAGGACACACAGCAGCCCCCCCUGGGAGACGUGGUGGCCUUUGACCCAGCCGUCCAGACGGUCCGCACGCUUGCUCCGGAACACGGCUACCGUCGCAGUCACCACGAGGCGGUGGUCCUGGGCGACCACUUGCUGUGUGUGGUGGGUGGGUGGGAUGGAUCCCGCAGGGUCUCCGAUGUCUGCAGUUUCGAUGCGGAGCAGAAGCAGUGGGAAGGCUGGGCAGCCAGGACAUCCGAGACCCCCGUGGGGCUGAGCAGCCAUACUUGCACCAAGCUGACGGAAAAUGAAUUGCUGGUGGUGGGCCGGGAGGGUGGCCUGCGCACCCAGCGGCGUUAUGCCAGCAUCUUCACGUUGCACCUGCAGCCUAGCAGCAAGACCUACUGGUACAAAGAAGAGGAAUCGCGGACAGCCUCCCGAGCCGGACACACUGCUAUGCUGCUACAGGAUUAUGGCCCACUCGGAAAGAGCAGCGGCUACAAACUCUUGGUCUUUGGAGGACGCGAUUCUGCAGAUUGCGAUGUGGCCGGACAUUGGAGCAAAGGAAAGCUCCACGUAGAGUCCGCCCAAGCCCCGGAACUGACCGAGCAGCUCAUUCGCUUGGUGGGCACUGAAAAGGGGUCCCCGCAGGCCCCCAAAGGCCUAAGGCACCAUUCCUGCACGGUGGUUGGGCCCUUUGCGGUCAUCUUUGGGGGAGAGACCCUGGCAAGAGGCCGAGAUGCCAUCUGCAACGAUCUUUACAUCUACGAUGCCAGGGCGUCGCCAGCCAACUGGUUCCACUUUCCGUCUUCGACCCAUGCGCAAAAGAGAAGCGGCCACCGAACCUGCCUCUGGAACGACAUGCUAUAUCUGGUGGGUGGGUUUGGAGCCGAUGGGAAGACCCCUUGCCCAGAGAUCUGCAGCUUAAGGAUCUCGCCAUGAAACGGAGGAUUCUGCUUACCAGCUGGACCACCAAACGCUUUUUCCACCACUCCUGAAGGAUGUUUCUUUUUGGCUGUGGAGAGUUGGCCCGCUCAGAUGGGAGUAAACGCACCCGAGCAUGUCAGAAAUACGUCUCUUUGUGCACACAAAUAUCUGAUGUAAACCAAAAAUGCCAGCAAGAAGUCACCUCCUUAAAUUUGAGAUGUG